UCGAAAUAUUAAAAACGGUUAACAUAUUUUCAGUUGAUAAUAUUUUGCGAUCCCAAAAAAAUGUUUUGGAAUUCAUUAAAAUAUUUUAAUAUAACAAAUAUUGAGGAACUGAAAUCCCAAAUUGACAAAAUUCAUCUCAUUAAAUGGGAUAAUAUUAAUGAUACAGAGAAAUUUAGGGAGAGGCAAUGGACUACAAGGAUGCUGCAGGAAGUCAACCAUUCGGGUCCCUUUCCUUAUUUGCAAUCCAAAUGCUUUCGUUACCGUGGUCCAAUGCCUUUAGCCAAAUGAAUAUUGUGAAAACCAAAUUGCGGAACAAAAUGCAUUUAAAAACGUUAAAUGCAAUAUUAAGCAUAAGAUAUGAAAUACGCCGGCAUACUCAACCUGACGAUGGAGAAGUUAUCUAAAAGGCUUUCUGAGAAUCACGUGCCGUUGACCGGGAAGGAGAACAUUCACCAGUUGCGGGGAAUGGUAAAGGCUAUGGUUGUCGACCAGGAUGAUGCCGCCUUGAUGGAAGCCGGAGAGCUGAACGACGACAUUGGCGUGGCGGAGAGCGUUGUGAAUAGCGUGGCAGAGAGCAGAGCGGAGAGCGUCGUGGGAAGGGAGUGCGAGCAGGAGGAUCGAGGGCCAAACGAGAUGGCCGAAAUCAUGAAGCAGAUGACGCUAUAUACAGCACGAAAGGAUCUCGUGGAGUUGAAGGCGAAGGUUGCCGCCUUGGAAGGCAAUUCGCUGGACUGCAAGUCCGUUGUUGAUGUCAGGGACCUUGAGGCUAGUUUAAGAAAAUUUUCUGGAGACGAUAACAUGUCUGUGCACGUUUGGAUUCGUGACUUCGAGCUUGCUGCAGUUGCGCACGGAUUAAGCAGCUCUCAACGUUGGCUGUUGGGCAAUCGAAUGCUGGAGGGUUCGGCCCGCUCAUACGUGAUGUUCGAGAAACCCGCUACUUGGAAGGAGCUAAGCGAAAGCCUACUAAAAACCUUCGGAUUCCGGAUGACCAAUCACCAGGUGGCAAAGCAGUUACAGAGUCGUUCAAUUCUGGAGAACGAAUCGUUGUUGUAGUAUUUUAUCGCGAUG